AUGGGGGUCCUCACCACUGCCGUCUGCCUGGCCUGGGCCCUGGCCCUGGGGUGCGCCCACCCCCUGACCCACAGCAAACCGGAGGCAGCGGGAGGAGGGCACCCCCAUGGGGCUGAGCCCCCCAGCAACGACACUGACCUGGCCCAGCUCUGCUCGGACGAGGGCGGCUUCGACGCUGCCACGCUCAGCGAGAACGGCACCAUGCUCUUCUUCAGAGGUGGGGAGGUCUGGGAGAGCUCCCGGGGGGGGGCCCGGCUCCACACCCGCCCCCUGGCCACAUCCUGGCCCGAGCUGGGGGGACCCGUCGAGGCAGCGCUGCGCCUGCACCGCCGGCAGCACCCCCAGGAGCACCAGAGCCUCUACCUCUUCCAGGGCGAGCAGGUCUGGGCCUAUGCUGGGGGGCAACUGCGUCCCGGCUUCCCACGGCGUGUGGGGGACGAGUUCCCGGGGGUCCCCGGGGGGGUGGACGCCGCCGUUGAGUGCCACCCCGAGGAGUGCGGGGGCGAGACCGUCCUCUUCUUCAAGGGGGACACGGUGUACUCCUUUGACCUGGCGCUGCGGGUGACGAAGUCGCGCACGUGGCCGGGGCUGGGCCCCUGCGACGCCGCCCUGCGCUGGCUGGAGCGGUACUACUGCCUGCGGGGGACCCAAUUCCAGCGCUUCGACCCCCUCACCGGCGAGGUGCCCCCCGGGUACCCCCGCGAUCUCCGGGACUACUUCAUACCUUGCCCGGGCCGAGGGCACGGGCAGGGGAAUGCCUCGUGGGGGGACGCCGGUGACCGCUGUAGCGAGACGCCCUUCCAGGCCCUCCUCUCCGACGACACCGGACGCAUCUACGCCUUCCGCGGGGGUCUCUCCUUCCGCCUGGACUCACGGCGGGACGGGCACCACGCCUGGCCCCUGGGACAGACGUGGCCGGGGCUGGAGGGAGAGGUGGACGCCGCCUUCGCCUGGGACGGACGCACCUACCUGAUACAGGGCUCCCAGGUCUCCAUCUUCCUCUCGGAGCAGGGCCACCGGCGAGUGCUGGGGUACCCGCGGGCACUGCAGGAGGAGCUGGGGGUCCCCAGCGUCGACGCAGCCUUCACCUGCCCCGGCUCUGCCGACCUCUACCUCAUCACAGGGGACCGUGUUCAGCUGGUGGACCUGACGCAGACACCGCGGCGCGCGGGCAAGCCGGUGCCGCUGCCCCACGACCAUGUAGACGGCGCCAUGUGCACCGACGAUGGCGUCUUCCUCUUCCACGGCCCCAGCUACCACCAGUACCCCAGCGUGGCCCAGCUGCUGGGGGACCAACAGCCCGCUCCCCCCCAGAGCAUCGCCACCCACUUCUUCCACUGCCCCCACUGACCGGGGCCGGUGCCACCACCUGGGUCCCCGCGGUGCCGCUGGUGCCGGGGCUCUGCUGGCCCCAGCCUGCCUG